AAUCCAGAAGAAAAAUACGGUAUUCAUUCUUGGUACGUAUCACCACGUAUCCACGUAUCAACGUACGUUUACUUUCCUUUCUGGUGUGUUGGAAGACAGAAAUGUUAGAUUUCGUGGUGGUCUUUAGCAAAGGUGGAAUAGUAUUGUGGAAAUGCAACUCCACUGGAGAGAACGUAACACAAUGUAUCAACAACCUUAUUCGUAGUGUUAUAUUGGAAGAACGGAGUACAGAGUCAAAACACUAUGAAGAGGACAACUUAGCAUUACAAUUUAAGUUGGAUAACGAGCUUGACUUAGUUUACGCUGUUGUAUAUCAAAAGGUCAUAAAACUAUCAUAUGUAGAUGGAUUUUUAAGCGAAUUGCAAUCUGCAUUCAAGGAUAAAUUCGGGGAGCUGCUUACAUCGUCUCGACGUUUUAAGGCAAGUUAUGAAUUCGAUCGUGAAUUCCGAGCUACAUUGGCGGCUGCCGAGAACUCGGCCAAGCAAAGUAGUAAAGCCCCCAAAGCUAUGCGGUCCUUUAAUGAAUCGCUCAAAUCGAAGAAAACCGUGGCUUCCCUGAUUGAAAGUAGUAGCGACAAUAAACAAAAGGACCAGGCUAAAAAGGUGAACAUUAUAGAAAGUCCUAAGCCGACAACUGCAGACAAAGAAAUUUCCAAUGCUGAUGUUAUAUUGGAAAAUCGUAAGAAGUUAAUGGGCAAAAUGGCAGGAAAGAAAAGUCCUUCGGAAAACAAAAACAAAUCUGAAAAAGAAAAGGCUGGUAAAAAGCCAAGAGUCUGGGACUUGGGAGGAAAUUCCAAAGAUGCUGCUGUUCUGGACCGAUCUAAAGACCAGCCGGAAGACGUACAAUAUAGAAAUAUUCAAAACGAUAUCGUCGGUACCAUGCACGGCCGCAUUCGAGAUUUAGAGGUUGAAAGUGAUGAUGAUGACGAUGAUGCUGGUUAUGAGGACAAGGAUUUUGCCAGCUUCCCAGCAACUAAGACAGACAUAAAAAAGAAAUCAGGUAUUUUAUCCUACUUCAAGGGUUUCGUUGGUGGCAAAACAUUGUCCCGCACGGAUCUUCAGCCAGCUUUGGAGAAAAUGCGAGAUCAUCUCAUAUCGAAAAAUGUUGCUUCUGACAUUGCACAUAAGCUCUGCGAUUCCGUGUGUACAAGCUUAGAGGGGAAAUCUGUGGGAACUUUUGACUCUGUCGCAACAAUGGUCAAAGAAGCUCUAUCCACAUCUUUGGUACGCAUCUUAUCUCCCAAACGACGCGUUGAUAUUAUACGUGAUGCUCUGGAGGCGAAAAGACAUAAUCGUCCAUACACUAUAAUUUUCUGUGGAGUCAAUGGCGUGGGAAAAUCCACAAAUUUAGCCAAAAUAUGUUUCUGGUUAAUUGAAAACGAUUUCAAUGUGUUAAUUGCGGCUUGCGACACCUUCCGUGCCGGUGCUGUUGAGCAAUUGCGUACGCACACGCGUCAUUUAAAUGCUCUUCAUCCUGCGGAAAAACAUGAUGGACGUACCAUGGUGCAGCUUUAUGAAAAAGGUUAUGGCAAAGAUGCUGCGGGUAUUGCAAUGGAAGCAAUUAAGUUCGCCCACGACACUCGUGUUGAUGUUUGUUUGGUGGAUACAGCUGGUCGUAUGCAGGAUAAUGAACCUCUUAUGCGUUCCUUAUCGAAACUGAUUAAAGUCAAUGACCCGGAUUUGGUGCUUUUUGUUGGCGAAGCUUUGGUGGGUAAUGAGGCGGUGGAUCAGCUGGUCAAAUUCAACCAAGCCCUUGCAGACUACUCUUCCGAUGAGAAUCCUCACAUCAUCGACGGCAUUGUACUUACAAAGUUUGAUACCAUAGAUGACAAAGUCGGCGCGGCCAUAUCAAUGACAUAUAUUACUGGACAACCCAUUGUGUUUGUUGGCACUGGGCAAACUUAUUCGGAUUUGAAGGCGAUCAACGUUAAUGCCGUUGUGCACUCACUCAUGAAAUAGUUAUUAGGAUACAUUUUUGAAUUGUCAUGCAUUUUUUUUGUAGUGUUUUGUCCCGCACAUUCUUUUUUCUAUUUUUGUUUUAUGUGUUGUUCUCCGUUAACUAUAAUCCUAGUUUUGUUUCUUCGUUAAGACUUAGCUCGAGUUAUGGAACUUUUGUACAUUUAUUAUUGAAAAUCUUAAAAUUAUAAAUAGAUAUUUUUCUUAAAAAAUAUAAAACAAUCCUAAAUUGA